AUGGCCGGGCUGCGCCGUGCGCGAGGGACCUUUGCCCUUUGGGCUCUUCUCACCUUGGCCUCCGUGUUCUUCUUCUGCGAGUAUUUCAUAUAUUACUGCGUGAUGCUCCAGUGCUCCUGGCCUCAGAUCGGGAGGCUGGAUGGGACCCUGGAAGCCCCGACCCUGCGCGCCUUCUUCCUGGCGGACACGCACUUGCUGGGAGCGCUCAGAGGACACUGGUUCGACAGGCUGAGAAGGGAAUGGCAGAUGGAGAGGGCCUUCCAGACAGCCCUGUGGCUUCUGAAGCCGCACAUUGUCUUCAUUCUGGGGGACAUUUUUGACGAGGGCACGUGGAGCUCCGAAAAGGACUGGGAGGAUGACGUGCGGCGCUUCAGUAAAAUGUUCAGACGCACAACUGACACGGAGCUGAUUGUUCUUCCCGGAAACCAUGACGUCGGCUUCCAGAACGAGGCGGACUGGGCCAAGCUGUGGCGCUUCGAAAAGGUCUUCAACGUCACCUCUGCUACCGUCGUGACCAAAGGGGGAGUGAACUUCCUGCUCCUGAACAGCAUGGCAGUGCUCGGGGGAAGCUGCUCCGUGUGCCGCUCCGUCGAGGACGAGCUCUUCUUGCUGUCGCGUGACCUCAACUGCUCCCUGCAGGCCACACAGUCCAAGAAGGUGGGAAAGCUGUGCCGCGAUGCCCGGAAGUUUCCCUCGUCUCCUCCCAUCAUCCUGCAGCAUUACCCUCUUUACCGCGCCAGCAACGCCAUCUGCUCCGGCCUGGAUGUGGCCCCUGAGGAGGUCCGUCACCAGCGCUUCGAGGAGCAGUACGAUACGCUGUCGCAGGAGGCCUCCGAGAAGCUUCUCUGGUGGUUUCGGCCGCGCCUCGUCCUCAGCGGCCACAUUCACCGGUCCUGCGCGGUUCUCCACGAGAACAAGUACCCCGAGGUGAGCGUAUCGUCCUUCAACUGGCGCAACGGCAACAGACCCAGCUUCCUCCUGGGUUCAUUCUCACCUGACCGCCUCGCUCUGUCCACUUGCUUCCUCCCGGAGGAGACCACCGUCGUAGUGCUCUACUGUGGCAGCGGGGCGGCCGUGGCCCUGCUGGCCCUGCUCCGGUCCUACCUGCUCAAGGGAACCUCGCUCGUUCACCGACCACCCGUGUAGAAAACCCAGACCCCGGCCCUUUAAAACCACGCGACACACACACAACGUAGGACAAAAUGUGCGUGUUAAUAAGGUAGCCUUUCACACACUGUUAACUAAAUUGUAAAUACAGCGGUUCUUUGUGUUAAGA